UUAUCGCAUUUUUGCAGUACUUCUUACCGAUUAAGCAAAGCGCACAGAAUUCAUAAUUUUUUUCAGCAGAUCUUGAUGUAUUUCUUUACAAAAUCUGAUUUCAUUGGAAACCACGGGAAGGUGUAUAAGCUAGAAGGCUAGGGAGAAAUAUGACAUUCGAGUUAUUGGCAUUAAGAAAAGAUUGGUUCUAUCACCAUGAGGAACAAGAGUUACGUUUUGCUGGUUUAAUGAAGAUCAUUAACAAAGCGUAUGACAAAGCCAGAUUCAAAUACGGUAUAAUUGAGACUACAAGAAUCAAAUAUCCUAAUGCAAUUCCAGCUGAUCUUCAAUUGAGCACAGUUGAUGGUUUUGCUUUAUUUAUCUUAUUGGGUCCUGAGAAAGCAUUCCAAGAAUUAAAAGAGAAACAUAACUAUACUCGAGAUUUUUCCACAGUUUCACUGAAUUUAGAGCAAAGUUUCAAUUGUGAUAUUCCAGAACAGUACUUAUCUUCAUUUGAUUUGAAUAAUUUGAAUGACGUUAAAAUAACCAUAGUUGAUAAUGAUUUCGAAUUGGAUGAUAAAACAACAAACAGAGUGUUGGGAUCUGCCGGAUUCAGAAUUUAUGCUCAUGGAAACAAAGAUGAUUCAAUCUUAGAUCUUGAAUUAACUGCUUUCACAUCAUAUAUGAGAAAACUUGGUCCAAAAAUAUUAAACCUUAUUAUUGAUAAAUGUUUGCUUAAUGAAAAGCUUCUUUCCAAAUUGUAUCCUACAUUAGGUCCUCUUGAGCAAUAUAACAAAAUCAUUAUUCAUGCCGAUGUCAUAAAGGAACAUGGAUUAGUACAAUAUUACGUGAACAAUUGUACAUUCCAACAAGCAGAUAAAAAAGAUAUCUUUUAUGAAGUUUCUGAGGAUAAAAAGGUUAAAUCAGAAGGAACUCUCGAGGAAGGUAUACUUGCAACUCGUAGUUUUACUAUCUCCUUCAUAUAUAGAGAAAUUUUACUUAAAUAGACAAUAUAUAGAAAAAGUUUAUAUUUUUAUUUUUUAGAUUGUUAUAUACAUUUAAUUCGAACUAGUUUGCAAACUUUCAAAGCUUACUAACGAACAGUCAUUUAGAAUAUCCAUUAACUGAUAACCAGUUUGAAAUUGGAGCAAUAUCACGUUUGGCUGAUUUGAUCUUAGCACUAACACUAUCAAGAGCCUUAGCUAAACCUUGAUCAUAACCCUUAGUAUCCUUUUCAGCAAAGAAUUUUUCAACAGCUUCUUUUUGCUC